AUGCCUUACAUGGAGAAUACCGAGGCUUCAGAGCCCAAGAAGCUCAUUCUCUGCUUUGAUGGCACGGGAAACACCUUCAGUGGCUCCAAUGCCGACACCAAUGUUGUCAAGAUCCUCAGCAAGUUGGAUCGCAACCACCCAGGACAAUACCAUUACUACCAGACUGGUAUUGGCACAUAUGACAUCGGGGAGACAUCCGUCAACAAGUCGUACUUUGGGGAGAUGAAAAGCUCCAUCUCGCAGACCCUCGAUCAGGGAUUCGGUAUGACGUUUGACGCCCAUGUCAUUGCCGGGUACCGCUUCUUGAUGCGUUACUACGAAUCUGACGCCAAGAUCUACAUCUUUGGCUUUAGCCGCGGCGCCUUUACGGCAAAGUUCCUGGCGCGCAUGGUCAACAAGGUCGGCCUCCUGUGCAAGGGCAACGAGGAGAUGGUCCCCUUCGCGUUCCGUCUCUACCAGCGCUACCUGUCUGGUGACAUCCAGGACCGCGUUGACGCACAGGGGAGGUGUGAGGAGGACCACGGUGACACAGACACAGGGUCGGACGCCGAUCCCCUGCUCGCUGGCAACACCAAGGUACACAGAAGUCACACCACUGAGGUUGCCCUGAACGAGAUCACGGCGUUUAGCCAGACCUUUUGCCGCAAGGAAAAGGCCAAGCCCUGCGACGAUGAUGAUGGUGAUGGUGACCAGGAAGAAGACCAAAACAUCAAGGUCUUCUUCCUUGGCAUCUGGGACUGCGUCAACUCUGUCGCUCCUCUCGAGCGCAAGACUCCAGUCCCAGUUCCCGUCACAGGCACAGCUCGCUAUGUGCGUCAUGCCGUCGCCGUCGAUGAGCGACGUGUCAAGUUCAAGCCAGCCCUCCUGGCCCAAGACAUCCGCGUAUCCAAGCACAACCAUGACGAUGAGGACAUCAAGGAAGUCUGGUUCGCUGGCUGCCAUGGUGAUGUAGGUGGCGGCUGGCCCUCAACUGAGGACAACCCCCUUGAUAACAACAAGGCGGAAGACAUGUCCUUCUGGCAGCGCGUCAAGAACUUCUGGACCUCUCGCAAGGCCAAGGAGCCCAGCAAGAACAUCAACGACGACCGCCUGCAGAUGAGUGACAUCCCCCUCGCCUGGAUGAUCCGCGAGGUUGAGCUCGUGGGUGAGAAGGAGCCCGAGGCCGCCGUCAAGUGGUGCGACAGCCUGGAAAAGUUCAAGGCGCACAUCAACAACAAGGAGAACAAGGAACAGGCCCUCAAAGGGUUCAUGCAUGACUCGCUUGCUUUUGGCUACGGCACUGGCUUCUUCAAGGUCUUGAUGUGGAAGUUUAUGGGUAAGCCUUACCACCAUGUCUUUGAGUUCACAACACUAACCUCUGUAGAAUACCUCCCCUUCAUCACUCGUUGGGAGCUGGAGCAAGCGGGCUGGGUCAACGUCCGCUUCCCCCUCAACAAGGGUGCGGCGCGAGACAUUCCCCAGAAAGCGGUCCUUCACGCCUCGUUGGUCAAGCGUCUAAGAGAGGACCCCGACUACUGGCCGACUAACAACCAUGGCUCAGACACUGCUCCCUGCCUCAAGCGUGGCAGCGAUGAGGUUCAGUUCCAGGAGCACAAGGAGAAGAACAAGAAGGAUGAGUGGAUCAAGGUGGUGGAGAGUGACCCUGACCAUCAGACGUAUGACAUUGUGCAUAUUGUCCAGUGA